UGGAGGUGCCCGCUGCUCUCCCGCUGCCAUACCUGGCUGGACAAAUAGUUGACCAUGAACCAUUGCCAUCGUUCUCCUCUUUUUCACAUUCAGAUUCAAAUCCCUCACCCACAUCGGCUUGGCUGAUCCCUUACUUGCAACAGCUUGUAUAUGGACUUCGCACUUUAGGCCCUCAACAGCCUCUCUCGACACACAUACACACCCUUUGACAUAUACACGGCUCCUUCCUUCGCUGGCUUGCUCCAUUUCUGGUGUGAACUGCUAGUUUUGUUCGGCUAGUCGCUCCCCGCUCCCCGCAUGGUCGUACAGCCCCGACUCGUCGGAGUGCUCUUGCGCGGUCGCUCCAAUUGGAAGCCCAUUGUCGAGACCGAUAUCUUUGUGCUCCAACACAACCCUCGGCAGGCCUCCCACCCCUGCAGGAUCAUCACCCGAGGAUUCCCUCACUAUCGAGUGGCAGAAGGGGACUCAAUCGAGCUGCUACAGGAGGAACUGACCCACUUGUCGCAGCAUGCACGCGUCUCGAUUCAGGGAAAGAUCACUUCAAAAAAGAUCGCGACCUGGCUCAAGGGCACUAGCUCAUUGGCCGCUGUCUCACCACCAGGGGAUCAAUUGCAGCAGGACGACGACGACGAUGACGACGAAGACAUCCAGGACGAGGACGGGUACCUCUCAGACCUCUCGACACUCUCGAAUGGAGAAGUAGGCAUGGACGAGUCCUAUUCAUUCAGAGUCGGAGGCGCUGGAAGGCUCCUGCGAAGAGCUAUCUCGCUUGAGGAUAUGAAGGACUCAUCUUCUGCAGCGCACCACCUAAUACUUCGCAGCGAUCAACCAGAGAGACCUGCUUCGGCUUCAAUGUGCUUGCCCGUCGGCUCUGAUACCCUUCCCCCGGUUCAUCACCCACUACAGCCGCCUUACGAACUCGAAUACCACUCCUAUCCACACCCCUCGUCCUCAUACAUAGUAGCCAACAACCGCAGCACCGAUCGAUCCGGCAUGACAUCCCAUCUACAUGCGGAUAGCUAUGCCGUCUUCGACGCCGAUCGUCCAUUUGAUCCGAUGGUCUUGACACAAACACCCGAGCGAGAGUAUUUAGACGAUCCAUUGGCGACAUUCGUCUCGCGGCCCGGUUCGAGCGAUAGCAAACCAAUACGGUUUGCAUACGCCGCCAGUUCGACGCAAGCGGACCAUGCAGGGAUGCGAGCGAGAUCUGUGGAUGAGACUACGCUGGCUGCAAAUGAGCGAGCUCCUGGAGGCUCUUUAGCAUGGUUUAAUGCGUCACCCCUUCUCGAUACUAUCGUCAAUUGGGUUGAAGGACCUGCCAACUAUCCGGGAACAAAGAAGAGUGACAAACCAAAUCCUCUGCUGGAUAUCCCGUUUCAAUUCAUAGCCAUGUUGACUUAUCCUGAACUGGAUCCGGGAAAUAAGCCGAGUCUUGCUGUGGUCCGGGAAACAGCAUUCGUUAGGCAGAGGCGCAAAACGCUACUUAUGCUGACGACCUAUACAUUCUUAGUGCGAUAUUGUAGUUUCGAUUUCUUUGUAGUUCUUUUGUUCAUGAGCAACUGCGGGAUGCUGUUCCUGAUGAAAAACUCUGGACGCAUAAAUGUUACCAUGGCCAAGGGUGCAGUUAAUCAACGCGUUGGCUGGGCGAAGCAGUGGGCAGAAGGGAUCUUCAGGAAAAGUGGCAGCGUUGCUAGCAACAACAUUCAAGAUUCCGCUUCACAUGAUCCACAGGGCGCUUCCUACUCGAAUACGAAUUCCAGAAAGCACGCAUCUUCCUUGUCUACCACCCACACAGAACGCGACCAUGCAGGAACAGCAUCCGUAGUAGGAGAAAAGGCCGAGAGUACAGUGGACGGGAAUAUGCAAAUCAAGAGGCGAGGACUGUUUCGGAAGCGAAAGACUUUGGGCAGCAACGGCGACAGCAAUACCAACAGUUCGUCUGUGGCCCAAAACGGUUCAGGAUCCUCCACCAUUCCAUCUUUUCUCGAUGGAGGCGCUGGAGGAGACGACGCAUCGGUCAUGGCGAACAGAACCCGGAAGCGUGGGUUCUUCAAGAGAUCCGCUAUCAGUCGAUCGGCUACGGCCCCGCCAAUAGCGCUGAGCGACGUUUCCAACAAUGCACCGACGACAAAGCCGCCACCUGUGCCAAUUUUACCUGGGCAACCGGGAACGUCCCUGCAUAACGGCGCAAUGCCUCUACGAGACGUCUCACUGUUGCCAGCAUCCAAUCUGUCGCAGACACAGUCGUUACCCCAUCCCCAGCUCUUGCUUCCACGGUCGCCGAGCCCCAAUGUUAUUAGAAAGGAUGUAUCAUGGUCCAAGCCUUGGGGUUCAACAUCUCAACCAUCACAGCAACAACCCAACCCCGACUCUGCACCAUCUUCCGGGACAACAUCAAUGUGUUCAUCACCUAAAGUCGCACCUGUUACCAUCCCUAUACCACAGUCGCCUGGAAGGCUACUUACGUCUAUCAACCCCCGACUGUUUCUUCCUGGAUUUUCUCAAUCCCAGAGGCAGCAGCAACAACAACAACGGUAUCCGCAUCCUCAGCACGAACAACAGUCGUUGUCUCUAUCGAUGUCCAUCGAGAAAUCUGUAGCGCCAACUCCAAUCUCACCACAGCCACGCAAUGCCAUUGGAUUAUCGACUUCAGCUAUCCUGGGAGGACAACAUGGUCGAAAUCAGGAGCAAACUCGAGCUCAAGAGUAUCACAGCUUCGACAUUCCGGGGGCGACCCUGUUCGAAGACGAAUUAGGGGAGCCAUUUGUUACGCAUACGCCAUUACCAACUUCCAAGUAUUCGACAUCGCCUGAACUUUUAGCAGUUUCUUCGCUUGUAGGAAUCGAGACAUUGGAACUACAAGGGAUACAGUCAACGGAUCAAAGACAACAGGGCGUGCAAAACUUGGCAGGAGCGUUCGAUGCCGGCGAGGAUAUGGGCGCGAGCACAGAAGAGAUGUGUGUCAGUAUCGUGGAACUCCAUAUAUCUGUCAAGGACGAGGCGAUAGGUCCAGUGUCAAACACGCCUACAGAAGCCGUUGGAGCCGGCUGAAUGUGAGAUAUAGUAGUAUAGGAAUCCUUGAUUGCUUUAUUCCUGUAGACAAUAAGAUUGAAGAUCAUCUGGCCAAUUCGGCCUUGCAUAGAGCUUUGUACUUGAAUAGGGCUAACUAGAGUUCUCUAAGGUAUAUCCACGCAUUUAGCAGCCAGAAGGUGUACUGACCUUACUUGUCGUCUGCUGUGUUCUUUUCUAUGUUUGCUUUGAGUGAGG